GGUUGACAAAUAAAUAUUUUGCAUUGAUCGGGGAUUCACUAAUCGACAGAAAACUAGAAAUCCAGAUGCAUAUUACUCAUAAUUAGAUCAACGUUAGCAUAAUAAUUAGUCAUAAAUUGGAACAAGUUGUUGUAUACUUGGGUAAAUGACUUGGUGUGUUGGUGCUGAAACUGUUUAUCUUGGCUGGAAUGUUUUGGGACAUACCAUGGAGAUGGGAAGAUAUGUGUGGAACGGCCGGGUUGCAGCCCUGGGAUCACGCAUCAAAGGACAUGGGGCUGUGCUUCCAGCAGUUGUUUCUGCAAAUUCCUCUAUACUUCAUCAUUGCGGUCGUGUCGGGGUACUAUAUCGGCUACAGGAGGGAUUGGGUGAUAAGAGAAAAGUUGCAGGAGCGUGCAAUAGUCCUCCGUAGUUUUGUUGUGCUGACUUUAGUUUUUAUUCCCAUAGUAGAACUGUAUAUUUUUAUUACGAAAGUGGACUUUGUGUUGCUGCCUGUAGAUUACUUUGUGGCUGGAGUAUCAUGCUUGUCUUGGCUGGUGCAUUUUGGAUAUGUGUUAUCUCUGAAGCACCGGCUAGGCUCGAGUUCCCGCGGGCCGUCAGUGCAGUUGUUCCUCUGGGGGCUGACGGUGGUGCUCAACGUGAUAUCUCUGCGUAGCUGUAUCAUUCUCGGAGGCCCUGUUGCCUUCUAUGUUGCCACCCUGUGUUGCCAUGUAGUGUACUUUAUUACUCUGAUACCAUCAAGUGAAUCCAGGCCUACUUACUACUCAGCCUGCCUGGUUGGAUCACAACAUGCUCAUAAUGAGUAUACACCAUUGUUGCCGCAUAUGGACGAGGGUGUCUUAGGCACGGCUAUGCAAGGCAAUGGCUGCAUAUCACAAUUACUGUUUUUAUGGGUGAAUCCACUGCUAAAGAAAGGUUUUGACAAGAAACUGCAAGACCCAGAGGAACUAUUUGACAUCCCGGCAAAGUACCGGUGUGCUUAUGUUGGGGCUAAGAUGGACAGAGCACUGAUUGGCAAUGUAGACAACUACCAACAGUAUGCCGAGAUACCACAUGAACCUUUUAUCAGUUCAGGCUACGGCGCGCUGGGCGAAUCGGCGCCGCAGUCGUCCACGCCGGUAACGCCGACGUCGCGCGUGCCGCUGCGCCGUCGCCGAAACGUGACUCUCCUCCGCGCACUGCACUCGUGCUUCGCGUACCAAUUCUACAGCAUCGGCGUGCUGAAGCUGGUGUCGGACAUGGCGGGCUUCGCUGGCCCUAUGCUGCUCAACAGGCUGGUCGCGUUCGUUGAGGAUGAGAGCAUUGAUCAACAUUAUGGGUACAUAUACGCAGCAGGUCUCAUGGCCUCCACCCUAAUAUCCACCAUAUUCAACGUGCACUUCAAUUGGCUGAUGUCUCUGAUCGGCCUCAAGAUGCGCGGCGCCAUCGUCUCGACCAUACUCCGCAAGACCCUGAGCGUGACGCCCACUGAGCUGAAUAAGUCGUUUUCCGUUGGAGAGAUUACCAAUUUUAUGUCCACGGAUACGGAUAGAAUUGUGAAUUCUUGCCCCAGUUUUCAUGCUUUAUGGAGUAUUCCCUUGCAGCUCUUCAUUACCCUAUUCCUCCUGUACCAACAAGUGGGUAUCUCCUUCCUGGCCGGCGUAGCCUUCUCAGUCCUGCUCAUCCCCAUAAACAAGCUCAUCGCCAACAAGAUCGGCCAGCUCAGCACGGAGCUGAUGAAACACAAGGACUCCCGUGUUACUCUGAUCAGUGAUUUACUCCGCGGCAUUAGGACCGUGAAAGUGCACGUUUGGGAGGACUACUUCAUAAACAGAGUAACAGAGUCCCGAACAUUGGAGCUGAAGUACCUGCGCUGGCGCAAGUACCUGGACGCAAUCUGCGUAGUGCUGUGGGCCACUACGCCUGUGCUCGUGUGCGCGCUCACGCUGGGCGUGCACGCGCUGCGCGGACAGCCGCUGUUAGCGCCCACCGUGUUUACAACAGUGGCUCUAAUCAACAUGCUGAUCGCGCCGCUGAACGCGUUCCCGUGGGUGCUGAACGGGCUUACGGAGGCCUGGGUCUCCAUCAAGCGGAUACAGAAACUCUUAGACCUCCAAGACAUGGACCCGGAGCGUUACUACGAAAAACUGAACACGAAUCGCAACGAAGACAACAUGUUCAUGAUCAACAACGCCACCUUCGCCUGGGCCAAGCCGGCCGAGCGCAGGAUACCCCAGCCGAGUAGGAGAGGCAAGGGCAAGUCCAAGAAGAAACAGUCUAAGAGGAACAUACAGGCCAGCGAUUCGUCAAACGAAGUGGUGGAACACAGCGAACCAUUCAUGCUGCACGACAUAUCGCUGGAGAUCGAGCGAGGGGAGCUAAUAGGCAUCACAGGGAGCGUCGGCAGCGGGAAGACUUCACUCCUACACGCAAUUAUGGGGGACAUGGUUAGGAAGAGUGGGGGUAUACAGAUCCCUGAGAGCCUCAACAGCUUUGGCUACGUGUCUCAGAAACCAUGGUUGAUACGGGGGACAAUACGGGAUAACAUUUUAUUCGGGAAGCCAUACGACGAAACCAAAUUCCAGGCAGUUGUGGAAGCUUGCGCUCUUACUGAGGACCUGAACGUGCUGGGCUGGGGCGCGCACGUGGGCGAGGGCGGCUGCACGCUCAGCGGCGGCCAGCGCGCGCGCAUCGCGCUGGCGCGAGCUGUUUAUCAGGACAAGCAAGUGUACCUACUAGACGACAUAUUCUCCGGCGUGGACACGCGCGUAGCUCAACACAUAAUGCAGCGCUGCGUGCUGGGCCUGCUGAAGCGAACAACACGAGUACUGGUGUCACCUUCGCCGCGCAUACUCGCCCGCUGUACACGAACGGUGCUUGUGCAUGACGGCCGCAUACAGGCGCUGGGACCUCCGGAAGCGGUGCUAAGUGAGAUCGAGGAGUACCUCCCUAGCGACACAGACGCGUUCGAAGAGGAGCCUCUUAAGGCCAUCGCACCCGUACCGGACAAUCAAGACAGUGUCAGUCGAAACAGUUUGGACGAGGAUGAAGCGAUGUCGGAAGGCACGGUGGGCUGGUGGGUGCUAGGCCUGUACCUCCGCUCCGUCGGUUUCUUCCUCUCCGUGGCCAUCAUCCUCUCCCUCAUCCUCAUGCAGCUCUCGCAGAACUUCACCUUCGUGUGGCUCACCUUCUGGGUGCGCAACAAAUCGCGCAACAUCACCGAGACCACCGCCCACGAGAACACAACCGCUCUAGACCACGGAUUUAACGCUAUAGACACAGUUAUUGACACGAUAAUGAAUAUGUCACAACAGUUUAUCAGCCACUUGGACCGUAACGUAACCCAAACUAUAAGACUUCAAGCGCCAGCGAAUGUGACGCCGGGUUAUGACGAUGACUUCUAUUUGGAAGUGUAUUUUGGACUAGCGGGGUUAAAUUUGUUGUUUACGGUGAUGCGAGCGUUCCUGUUCGCUUACGGCGGCGUGCAAGCGGCCACUAGGAUACAUAAGAUCCUUCUUAGAGUCGUGACAAAGGCAAAAAUAAAAUUCUUCGACGUGACCCCGACGGGGCGGAUUCUCAAUCGCUUCUCAUCUGACACGUAUACAGUUGACGACUCGCUGCCAUUUAUUAUGAACAUAUUUUUAGCUCAAGUAUUCGGUUUAGUAGGGGCGGUGGCAGUGACAGUAUACGGGCUUCCGUGGCUUCUAGCAGGCGUGGUUCCCGUGGCCUUCAUCUACUACCGCUUGCAGCGUUUGUACCGCGUCACGUCUCGACAACUCAAGCGGCUGCAGAGCGUUACGCUAUCACCCGUGUACGCACACUUCAACGAUACGCUAGAAGGUUUAUCGACGAUCCGCGCGCUGGGGGCGGGGCCUCGCUGGGCUGCGCGCGGCGAGGAGCUGGUGGAGGCGUGGCAGCGCGCCGCGCUCUGUGGCGCCGCCGCCGCGCAGUGGCUCGCCCUGCGGCUGCAGGCGUGCGCCGGCGCCUGCGUGGCCGCUGCGGCGCUGCUGGCUGCUGCGCAACGGGCCACACACGCUUUAGACCCGGGUCUGGUGGGUCUGGCGAUCUCGUACGCGCUGUCCUUGACAUCCAUGCUCAGCAACGUGCUCAACUCCUUCACCGAGACCGAGCGCGAGAUGAUCGCCGUCGAGCGCGUCGGCGAGUACAUUACGCAGGUGGAGAGUGAGAAAAUUGACGGAGAACCACCGCCUUACGGGUGGCCUUCGCAGGGCGUGGUCAGCUUCGAGGAUGUCCAUCUUAAUUACAGUCGCGACGGUCGCGGCGCGGCGUUGCGCGGCGUCACUUUCUCGAGCUACCCGGGCGAGAAGCUCGGCGUGGUGGGCCGCACCGGCGCCGGCAAGAGCUCGCUGCUGCACGCCGUGCUGCAGCUGGCUCCCACUACAGCAGGCCGCGUGGUGGUGGACGGCGUGCCCGUGCACACGCUGCAGCUGCACGCGCUCAGGUCUCGGAUAGGCAUGAUCCCGCAGGAACCCUUCAUCUUCACGGGCAGCGUCCGCGAGAACGUGGACCCGCUCCGCCAGCACUCGGACCCCGAGUUGUGGCGCGCCCUGGAGCGCUGCGGGGCUGAACAUACCCUGCGUGCGCGCGGAGGGUUGGCUGCUCCCGCCGCGCAGUUGUCCAGGGGUCUAGCACAGUUGCUGUGCCUUGCGAGAGCGCUGCUGCAGAGAGCUAAGAUAGUCCUAAUAGACGAAGCGACAGCGAACCUCGACCAGGAAACCGAGCGUCUCAUCCUGGACACGAUCCGCAGCGCGUUCGGCGGCUCCACCGUGCUGCUGGUCGCGCACCGCGUGCUCGGCGUGCUCGAGUGCUCGAGGGUGCUCGUCAUGGGCGGCGGGAGGCUGCUCGAGUUCGACACGCCCACCGAGUUGCUCGCGGACCCCACCUCGCAGUUGUACGCGUUGGUGCAUGCUCACGACCAGUGACCGAUCUCUUUAAUCGUUGCUAAUGUUUAAAU